AACGCACAGCACCGAAUGAAUUGCGGCGGCAGCGCGAACAAAGAAGAGAGGAGGAGGGAAACCUAGAAGGGUAGAAGUGGAUCGUAUGGCGGUGUGGAGAGCUGGAGCUGCUUCGUCUUCCCUGUUGAAUAGGCUCCUACGCCACUCCAACGUCAUCAACGUCCCCACCCGCGCCUCCACUCGCACUCUCUCCACCGAUGUAGCUGGUUCAAGUAAUCAGUUGUUUCACUAUGAUAUCAAUUCACAAUACGGAAGGUGCAUGCCGCUUGCUGAUAUGCACAUUCAAGCAAAAAUACACAGCAUCGAGAUGAACCCGGGCCAAGGUGGCAAGUUAGUUCGAGCACCAGGCACUUUUGCAAAGAUUUUGAAAGAACCCACUGUUUCAAGGUGUUUAGUGAGACUGCCUUCAGGUGUUGAAAAGUGGAUUGAUUCUAAAUGCCGGGCUACAAUUGGUACAGUCCCAAGUGAUGGAAAUAAGCCCAAGAAAUUAUAUAAGGCUGGGCAAAACCGGUGGCGAGGCAUCAGACCAACUGUUCGAGGAGUGGCAAUGAAUCCAGUUGAUCAUCCUCAUGGUGGAGGUGAGGGUAAGAGCAAGAGUAGUGGGUCUCAUGGGAAGGGUUCUCGAACACCUUGGGGAAAGCCUACCAAGGGUGGUUACAAGACCGGUCCCAACAAGCGUAGAAAGUAAUGCUUUAUCAUUCACUUCUUUAUGUUGACACUAGUGUGGAAUUUAGCUUUGCGAUGAGUUCAGAUGGCAAUAAAAGUCCACUUAGAUGUUUAACUCAUCAGAAAACAUUCAAGGUUUGCAUACCUUAUUCCCUUGCCAUUUUUCUGAAAGUGUUGGUUUUUGGAUUAAGUUGUGUAAGUAGCUUAGUUGUCUUAGCUGUGACUAUCUUUUGGAUAAAUGAAUCCUUAACUAUUUGGUAUUGAGUGUGUUUGAUGUUAAUUCGCUGAAUCAAUUUCAAGUUGCAUGAUCA